AUACCAGGAGCCAGCAGAAAGGGGCAUUUCAAGAAAAAGCACUAUCUUACAAGUACUGACAGAUAACCUGUCAUUUUUCCAAAGAAGCUGUCCACCCAAAAAAUAAAUUCCCACAAAGCCUUUCAAAGGAACCCAGAUUUAGAGUUGGAAGGACUCUCAGUGCCUCUCAAAUUCAAACUGUCCCAUUUGAGAGAUGAAAAGACAGGACCAGAGAGAACAAGUGACUUUUCUAUGUCAUGCUGAAAGUAAACAGCAAAGCCUGGUUUGUAUCCGGGCUUUCUAUCUUAAAAUGUAGUGCAAAUUUCACAAUAUUCUAUUGCCUCCACUUAACAUGUGUGUGUUGUAAGGGAUUUCAUUUUAUUUUUAAACCAUGCUUAUCAAGACACAGGUGCUACCUGUGCUCCUACUCAAAUGUAGCUCUCAGUAUGUCGAGAAACUAUGAGCUGGGACAACUCAUUAUUUUCUCCUUGUCUGGCACAAAUGUAUCUAAGUAGGUACCUCCUGGAAAGAAAGAUAAGGAUUUAAGUGAGCAGACAAAUUUAGAAGACUAGGAUGCUACAAAAAUCACUGUGUGUGUGUGUGUGUGUGUCUGCAUGUAUACAAGAGUGCAAACUCUUCUGCUAAAUUAAAGUGACAUCUCGGAAGGAAAGACAAGAAUAUAUGGACAAAUUAAUUUUCAAUGAUAAAAUACCACAUGAAGAGAAAACCAAAAAUCCUCAAUGAGGCAGAUGUUAACACAAAAACAGGCACCUCAUUUAAUACACAGGAGUGUGCCCGGAGUCUCCUUGUGGGAGCCGUGCCAGCGGAGGGUCUCCAGCAGUUCCCCACCUCCCCCUACCCUAGGUAAACUCCAGCCUCAGCUCUGGGGAGCGUGCAUUCUUGCAAUCAAUCGGAGUCAGCACCAGUGACAGCUCUGCAGUCCUCCAAUGUGGUGCUGAUCAGGUGUUCCCAGAGCCUGGCUCAGCUCACAGCGACACAAUGCAGCUGAGCAGGCUGAGCAAGGGAGCACAAGCCUCAGCCUCCUGCACACAGCCUGUCCCUGCUCUCCAGAACACAGCGGGCGACCUUUGAGCUUGAGCCUCACAGGGAGAUGAUGUGCUGAGGUGGAAGACAACCCUAUCUGUGGCAAAGAUGGAAUAUCAGAUAUUGAAAAUGUCUCCCUGCCUGCUCGUCCUUCUGCUUCUCAUCCCUGGUAUUCUCUGUAUCUGUCCCCACCAAUGUACAUGCUCAGAAAAGCACAGGCGUGUGGACUGUUCGGGCAGAAACUUGACUCUCUUACCCCCCGGACUCCAAGAGAACAUUGUUCACUUAAACCUCUCUUCUAACCUCUUCACCGAUCUUCACAACCAGCUAACUCAGUACACCAACCUGAGGACCCUCGACGUGUCCCACAACAUGCUGGAGCGCCUCCCCGAGCAGCUGCCCAGGUCCCUCUGGGAAAUGUACGCUACCAACAAUGCCAUCAAACUUCUGGACAAGUCGGACACCGCUUACCAGUGGAACCUUCAGCGCCUUGAUGUUUCUAAGAAUAUGCUGGAAAGGGUUGUUCUUAUCAAAAACACACUCACUAGCCUCAAGUUUCUCAACCUCAGUAGUAACAAACUCUGGACAGUCCCCACUAACAUGCCUCCCAACAUUAAGACAGUGGACCUGUCCAGUAAUUCUUUGACCCAAAUUCUUCCGGGGACAUUAGUGAAGCUGACAAAUCUCACACAUCUUUACCUCCACAACAAUAAGUUCACGUAUAUUCCUGAUCAAGCCUUUGACCAAUUAUCUCAGCUGCAAGUGAUAACUCUGUACAACAAUCGAUGGGCUUGUGAUGAGAAGCAAAAUGUCACCUAUUUACUGAAAUGGGUCUUGGAAACCACAGCUCAGGUGAUCGGGUCUCCAUGUUCUAAUCACACAACCCCCUGGCAAAACUACACGGAACAAUCCACCCUCUCUGCAAUGACCUCAAGCAUGUUCACUGUGGCUAGCACACAGGCCACGGACGCCAUUAGCUCCCUGAGUCUGGAAACCCAACAUAAGGUGACCAAAAUACCCAAACAAUACCGGACAAAGGAGUCCCCGUUAAGUGCCACUCUGGGCAAAAGCGUGGUCCUGACGAGCACCGAUAAGCCUCUGGCUCUCUAUCCAGAAGAACUGCCCACAGGAAAGACAAAUUCCCAUGAAGCAGCAGCUGCGACACUGACCAUCCACAUUCAAGAUGCAACUGUCUUAAAUGCAAGUGUCACGAGUUCUACAAAAUCCUCCCCAACUCCAAUGACCCUAAGCAUCACAAGUGGGAUGCCGAGCGGCUUCUCUGAAAUGGCUCAACAAAGCACAACUCUCACCUUAAGGAAGGAGGGGACAACCACCGAAGCUCUUAAUUCUCGCCUACCUUCCACAGCAAGUAUCUGGAAAGCAGAUGCGUCGCAUGUCUUCAUGAUCAACGUCAUUGUAAUGAUGGUCAUGCUGACUGGCUGAGGACCUGAAUUUUCUGAAAUUAAUCAAAGUACUCCUCUCUCUGAUGUAAAUUUGGAAAAACAUGCUCGUGUCUAACCAGUGACUCAAUUAUAGAAAACCCUCCAGAAGGCCAGUCUUGCAUUUCUGACUCUGAUCUUAAUGAAGUAACUUUGUCCUAAAUACAAGAAGUGCACAAAUAAUGUCUUGGUACUUUGCUGCUAUUUUACUGUCUUAACUGAGUAAAAUCUAACCUGUUAAGUUUUUUUUUUAAUGAAAUGUUUAUUUUAUAUCUUAAAGCUUCAUUUUCUUGCAAAAAAUAUAAAGCAUCUGAACUUUAAUAUGUAUUUUAUGUAUGUUUUCAUCA